AAGUUGUCAAGUCAUUGGGAUCAUAAUAAAACAUUUCAGGUGAAUUUAAAACAACAAAAUGAAGAUGAACAUCACAUCAGCAGCUGGAGUUAUCUCCCUGCUGGAUGAACCUGAACCACAGUUAAAGGUUUUUGCUUUGGAGAAACUAAAUAAGAUUGUGGAUGUCUUUUGGGCAGAGAUAUCUGAAGCUGUGGAUAAGAUUGAGAUUCUUUAUGAAGACGUAGGAUUUAAGAACAAAGAGCUAGCAGCGCUGGUGGCCUCAAAGGUGUACUACCAUUUGGGAGCUUUUGAAGAAUCUCUGACAUAUGCCCUCGGAGCUGGUGCUCUAUUUAACGUCAAUGACACAACUGAAUAUGUUGAGACAACAAUUGCCAAGUGUAUUGACUUCUACACAAAAGGUAUGCAGGGGAACUCGGACAGCCAAGGUGAUGACAAAAAGGACAUUGAUCCUCGCCUUGAGGCCAUCGUCAAUAGGAUGUUCCAGAGGUGUUUUGACGACAAACAGUAUAAACAGGCUGUUGGAAUAGCACUGGAGACACGCAGGAUUGACAUAUUUAGGAGAGCCAUCCUAGAGAGUGACGAUGUUGCAGCUAUGCUAUCGUACAGUCUGAAAGUUUGCAUGUCCUUGAUUCAGCAUCGCCAGUUCAGGAAUGAAAUCCUCAUGGUGCUUACCAAACUCUACAUGGAGUUGGGUACACCAGACUACAUCAAUGUCUGUCAGUGUUACAUCUUCUUGGAUGAUCCCCAGUCAGUAUCGGAGAUCCUGGAAAAGUUGAUGCAAGGAUCAGAGAAUGACAUCCUCAUGGCGUACCAGAUCGCGUUUGAUUUGUAUGACAGUGCCACUCAGCAAUUCCUCCAGCGUGUUGGCAAUGGACUCCGCACCUCUGGUCAAGUGGCAGGGACUGAGAAAGGACGUAUUGUGACCACCGAGUCUGAUAUCAAGGAAGAACAAAAAGAUGGAGAGUCAGGAGAAGUACAGCUGGGCAAGGUUGAGCCAGAGAGUGAGGCUGAAUUGAAAGUACAGGACAACAUGAUGAAGCUUAAAAAUAUAUUGUCUGGAGAUGUUACCAUCAACUUACAUCUACAGUUCCUUAUCCGUAACAACAAGACAGACAUGCUUAUACUGAAAAACACAAAGGAAGCUGUACGCAACUCUGUAUGUCAUACAGCUACAGUGAUUGCUAACUCAUACAUGCAUUGUGGAACCACUUGUGAUCAAUUUCUUAGAGAUAAUUUGGAAUGGUUGGCACGAGCAACAAAUUGGGCCAAAUUUUCUGCCACUGCUAGUUUAGGAACGAUACACAAGGGCCAUGAAAAAGAAGCACUUAAUUUAAUGUCGACAUAUUUACCUAAAGAUUCUGGACCAGGAUCUGCAUACUCCGAGGGAGGCGGUUUAUAUGCUUUAGGUUUGAUACAUGCUAACCACGGCGGGGAGAUCACCGAUUAUUUAUUAAAUCAGUUAAAAGAUGCAUCCACAGAUAUGGUGAGACAUGGAGGUUGUUUAGGUGUUGGACUGGCUGCUAUGGGAACGGCUAGACAAGAUGUUUAUGAACAACUCAAAUUUAAUUUAUACCAAGAUGAUGCUGUGACUGGUGAGGCAGCUGGUCUAGCCAUGGGUCUGGUGAUGUUGGGAACCAAGUCGGCCACUGCCAUUGGUGACAUGGUCGCGUAUGCCAAAGAAACACAGCAUGAGAAAAUCCUGCGUGGUCUGGCUGUGGGAAUCUCUUUGACUAUGUAUGGAAGGCUAGAAGAGGCAGACACACUCAUAGAAAGUUUAUGUCGGGACAAAGACCCCAUCCUCCGAUGGUCUGGAAUGUUUACCAUUGCCAUGGCGUACUGCGGCUCUGCAAACAACCAGGCCAUCAGGCGCCUCCUUCAUGUGGCAGUCAGUGAUGUGAAUGAUGACGUAAGAAGAGUAGCAGUGACCUCCCUUGGAUUCCUGCUGUUUAGAACUCCUGAACAAUGUCCCAGUGUGGUGUCACUAUUGUCCGAGAGUUACAACCCACAUGUACGUUUUGGAGCUGCCAUGGCUCUUGGAAUUGCCUGUGCUGGAUCUGGUCUAAAGGAAGCAGUGGGCCUCUUGGAGCCAAUGACAAAUGAUCCCGUCAAUUACGUCCGCCAGGGAGCACUUAUUGCACUGGCUCUGGUUAUUAUUCAGCAGAAUGAGGUCACCUGUUCCAAGGUGAACAACUUUAGAGCGCUGUUUACCAAGAUCGUCGCUGACAAGCAUGAUGAUGUAAUGGCUAAGUUUGGAGCCAUCCUCGCCAAGGGGAUCAUGGAUGCUGGUGGACGUAACAUGACAGUGUCACUACAGUCACGGACUGGUCAUACUAACAUGGAGGCUGUCGUGGGCAUGUUGGUGUUCACACAGUUCUGGUUCUGGUACCCUCUGACACACUUCAUGUCUCUGGCUUUCACCCCUACUUGUCUCAUCAUGCUGAACGAGGACCUCAAGAUGCCUAAGAUAGAGGUGAGGUCUGGUGCCAAACCAUCCCAUUAUGCCUACCCUGCUAAUCUGGAGGAGAAAAAAGACAAAGCCAAGGAAAAGGUAGAGACUGCAGUCCUCAGUAUCACCGCCAAACAGAAGAAAAAGGAUGAGAAAAAAGACAAAACUGACGCAGACAAAAUGGAAGUUGACGAAGAUGAUAAGGAGAAAAAAGAAGAAGAAGAAAAAGCUGAAAAAGAAAAAGCAGAAAAGGAGAAGGCAGAAAAAGAGAAAGCUGAGGAGAAAAAGAAGGAACCAGAACCCAACUUUAUGAUGUUGUCUAAUCCGGCUCGUGUGAUGAAGGCACAACUCAAAGUUCUCACACUUCCGGACGGCCGAUACAUCCCGGUCAAAGAUGUGUCCAAUGGGGGUAUCAUAAUGCUGAGUAAUACAAAGCCAGAAGAUCAGGAAGACAUCAUUGAACCUGUCGCUGCGGGUGGACCAAAGACUGAAGAGGAGGAGGAACCGGAACCACCAGAGCCAUUCGAAUGGACAGAAGAUUGAGGAUUUACUCUCAAGUCAGUGUACAGGUGAAUGGAACCUGACCUGGAACAACUUCUUCAGUUUUAUUUAGAGACUCUGUUUCAUGCUUUGAUGAAUCAACACAGUUAAAAGUAAUUACUCCAUUUAAUCAUUUGUUGGUGUUUUGGAUAAAAGGUGUGAAACGAUAAAAUGUUGUGGUUUGUGAAACAAAGAGGAUUGUAUGGAUUGUGAAGGACAAACUUACUGGUAUCUACAACUACAUAGUAAAACAUUAUGUUGUAGAACUUUUGAUAAAUAAAAGUAACAUUGGUCAUGGACUUGUCAACAAUAUGGACUACAUGAUGAAGUGAAUGUUCAACACGUUACUGUAGUAAAUCAUCUCCUUGGUAGAAACGUUGUGAAAAAUAAAAUCUUUCUCACUUA